AGUGCUUCUACCCCAAUGCCUCCACCCACUUUUCCACCAAAGCUCCAGACAGUAUUAAGCGGGGAAAAGAGUUGGAAGAAAGUCAACAAGUUUUAGCAACAAUGUGACAAAUAUUCCGUCUUGGGGGAAAAAAAACAUCCAACGAACUUUCAAGGAAUACUUUGACCAUAUUCAGUUGUGCUUUAAACCAUGUCGUGGCGCCAGCUCAUCUUAGCGGUGCUGCUGUCCUCCCAAGCCGCCUUCGGCUUCUCGGUGGCCGGCCAGCAGCCACCACAGCAGCAGCCUCCGACGGAAAGCACCUGCGAGGCCAACGGGAGCGUCUACUACCUGGGGGAGUGGUACUUCCUGGACUCGGACCACUGCACCCAGUGCGAGUGCACCGCCGAGGGUUCGGCGUGUGCCCGCACCGAGUGCACCAGCUUGCCGGCGGCGUGCAUCCAUGUGAGCCACUACCCCAGCGACUGCUGCCCCCGCUGCGAAAGAAUCGGCUGCGAGUACCGGGGGGUGGUCUACGAGCUGGGGCACAACUUCCAGCCAACCGAAUGUGAGCAGUGCACGUGCGACAGCGAUGGCAUCGCCCGAUGUUUGGUAGCCGACUGCGCGCCCCCACCUUGCGUCAACCCUGUGUACCAGCCUGGCAAGUGCUGUCCUGAGUGCCAAGAGGGUCCAAACUGCUAUGUGGACUCGUCGCAUAGCCGAGUGAUCCCCGCCGGCGAGCCAGUAUGGGUGGACUCUUGUACUAAGUGUCGCUGCCACGACGGCCAGGACGCCGGCUACUGGGAAGGAAACCGCCUGGCCUCUUGCUCUCGCCUGAAGAACUGCGCGCCCGGGCAGUCCGACACGCAAAACUGAACCUGCCCACAAGUCGUCCAUCUAAAAUGAUGCACCAAAGAUUUAGGGAAAAAGACACUAUUAAAAAACGAUGGCAGCGACCUUCACCAAGGCCCAAAAAAAAGUUAGUGAAACGCUGUUCUGUUAGUUAUUAGCUGGUUAUUUCAUGGAGUGUGAACAGGAAAGAUCGGAACCUAUGGGUACCUCAUGAUACGAUACGAUUUGCGAUACAAGGCUCAUGAUAACGAUGAUCUCACAAUAUGGCGAUACGAUUAUCGAUACAUGGGUCAGGAGAUCGUUCUAUAAAAUGACUAAUAAACAGAAAUUCAAACUGUUUUCAUCCUUCUGCUGUAAAUUGGAAUAAGUUUAUCACUAGUAGACGCCCAAAAUAAAGAUGCACGAUAAUAUCGGUUACUGAUAAUUAUCUGCCGAUAAUGGCAAUUAUGACGUCACACAGAUAAUCCAGAUUUUUAAAAAAUUCAACCGAUAAUCCAAUCCAAUAAUCAUAUACUUCAGGGGUCCCCAAACUAUGGCCCGCGGGCCGGAUACAGCCCGCCUCCACAUUUGGUCCGGCCCACUGAACAAUUUAUU